UGAAUAUCGGUUGUCCGGUUUCGCUUGUGUGGCAGACGCUUGGAAUGGAAUAGAUAGAGUGAAUAAUUUCGUGCAUUGGUUGAUGACAUUGAUAAUGAGCUGUUCUAAAUAAUCUAAACCACGUGGAUUUACAGAUUAAGCAUUGAGGCUGGCAAAGGAGCUAAAUCUUGGGAUGGAGAGAUAAUUUCCCACCAACACAAUGUUGAGCAUACAUUUUGGUAAUGAAGUUUACUCCAGUCAACAUGGUGAUGAUCUGCCCCUGGUGGAGUUAGCUCCCUUUAGUGAUGAAAUAUUUGCUAGCUAUUCAGGACCAGACGAUGGGCUUGCCUUUGGUCUGGAUAACAGGGCAAAAAACAUUGACGGUGAGGUUGCAGGCUCACAGAGAUGGAAUAUAAAGGCCCAGAAGGCCUAUGGUAUCUGUAUAUCACUGUACGAGCAACAUCCAGUCAGUGGCAAAAUGUCAGGUGACCCAGUAGCUGAUGCAUUUGCAAUAUGUGCCAGGGGCAAUAACUGUGUAAUGUUGAUAGCUGAUGGAGUAAACUGGGGCGAGAAGUCACGGCUGGCAGCUAGGUGUGCUCUCUACGGCAGUAUGGAGUAUAUAAAUAAUAGAAUAUUUAAUCUCCGUCGACAACCAACUUCCACACAUGAUGUAUUUUUGAUUCUACGGAAAUCUUUUGACAAGGCACAUCUUGAGAUAAUUGAGAGAGAAGGUGGAUUGACAACAUUGUGUGCAUGUAUGGUGUGUCCUGUGAAGAAGUCUACCCAAUAUGCAGUCUGUUCUCUAAAUGUUGGAGACAGUUAUGGUUACAUCUUCAGCCAUAAUCAAGGUAUCAGAGAGGUCACUCAGGGUUCACAUGAUGUCUCAUUAGUCAGGGACAUCCGUGAUGCUGGAGGUGCGAUCGGACCAGUAGACGGGAAAAAUCCUGAACUUCAUAAUCUUACGUACGGACUUAGCUUCGCAAAUCAGGGUGAUAUUGUGUUCCUUACAACAGACGGUAUAUCUGACAAUUAUGAUCCAGUCGUUACUAAAAUUGCUGUUGCUCCCAUUGAUCAUGUUAAAACAAACAGUGAAAAAGAAAGUGAAAAUUCAGACAAUGAAGAAGCUACCUCAUCCACUUCAUGUAUAAACGGAAAACCGGAAAUGGAACCGAAAGAACGUCAUAUUUAUGCAAUGAAGGAAAUGGAAAGAAUCGUGCAUGAACAUGAGCUUGUUACAGAAGAGCAAGUGUCUGCUCAGGAAUUAUGUAGCGCAAUAGUUCAACAUGUGCUUUUAUUGACCGAUCAAAAACGGAAAGUGCUAGAAAAUCCCGACCUGUACAAACGUAAACGAUUGUCACAAAAAGACAAACAGAGAAGGGAUUCUGAAAUAGUGUCGAAAAUGUCAGAAGCCCCUGGUAAAUUAGACCAUGCUUCUAUAGUUUCUUAUGAAGUUGGCCAGUGGAAGCCUGAUGAAGACGAGAUGGACUGUAUACCGCUAGAAGGUCCGCAAACAUCGGAGUCUGACAACAGCUCUCACCAUAGUUCAGUAGAUAACACCCAUUUAAAAAGUCCUACAUCUCCAUCUUCCCAUAGCAAUGUCACGUCCCCUGGGUCAAGUUCAAAGAAAAUACGACCAAAAAAAUUAUUUAACAAAUUACGCAAUAAUUUAAGUAUGAGCUCUUCACCAAACUCACCAAGUACAGAACAAAGUCCAGGCGGAUCGAAUGUUAUUACAGCCAAACGUUUUUCUUUUAAACGGACGAGGGCAAAGUCCGAGCCUGGUAUCGUCACUCCCACUAGUCCUGUCCAUCCAAGAGACUUCCGAUCUCCACCAUUUGAUGAUUAUAGAUACCCUAGAUCUCCAGUUAGUCCUACCCCAAUGAGUCCUGGAACGCCCUCUGGUGGGCUUCCGGGCCUUCCAUUGCCAGCUCCACAUCCGUAUAGGAAAUCCAUAGCAUUCGAGUCUGCCGUAUAAUUAUUUAACCAUAAUGUAUUUAUUCCUUUACAAUAAUCUGAUAUUUUUCAUCUAUUACAAUAGAUAUGAAUACAUAUUUUAAGAGGGACGUCUUCCCAAAUUAAUCUUUUUGAUUCUAAAAACCAUAGACAGUUUUGUUAUAUGAUUCUUUUGUGAUGAUUUUUUUUUAGUUAAUUUUAGAUUUAACAGGUUGUAGGGAUUUAUUCAGAUGUUUUUACAUAGAUUAUUUAUUGUGUUUAAUUGAUGAAAAACGUGAUUUGAAAAUUUAUGAAAAUAAAAUUUAUAUUUACAGAAUUAAUGUACAAUUUUGUCUGAACUUUGAAAUUAGAUUUUUAUUUACAAAAUUUAAUGACAUUUUGGUAGAAAUUUUGGUAGGUAUUUUUAAGCAUGCACAAUUAAGCUAAACAGUUGUAAUUGUAUUUCUGCUAUCUUUUGAGUUUUGGUUUUCAAAUCUGAAUUUUUGUUGUGAUAGUGAAAAUUUUGUUUGAAAUUAUUAUUUUUUUACCCAAAAGCUGAUCAAUUUAAAUGAUUUAUUUAGGAAAAAAAAUCUCGAGAACCAACAGGGUAGCGUAUAUUACAGGAAUCAUUUUUCAAUUUUUCAUAAUUCAGUGUUUGAUUAAUUAAAAGUGAUAAGUAAAUUGCAUUGAAUUGGUACUUAAUAUUAAGUAAAUUGCAUUGAAUUGGUACUAAUCCAAAUAAAGCAGGCAGGUGCGUGCCACAAGCAAAAUUGGAUAAUUCACAGUACAUUGCAGUGUUGCAUCUAGGCCGGGCGAUUGCGCGAUUUGCGCAUAUUUCAUGCAGAUCGCGCAUUUUAAUGAAGUCAAUGCGGGCCAAGUCGCGCAUCUGACAUUUUUUAAAAUUUAUUCAGUUUAUCUUCAUCGUGUCUUGAAAGCUUCAGCCAUGUUUGUUUUCACUCGUGGAUAUGACUAAAAUACGUACUAAAAAGCGUGUAGCAGCCGACUGGGUCAUCUCGCGUGUGUUUUGUAGUAUUCGUCAAUAUUUUAUUUUUUCUACUUCCGUUCUUGAGCGGACGAUAGCUGUCAAAAAUGCCUGAACGUAAAAUAAAUGAAUUCUUUUCGAUAAGUCAUAGUGUAAGGUAAAUGUAUGUCCCCCACAUUUUUUUUCAAGUCCCCCACAUUUUUCAGUUUAGUGGGGGACAAUCCCCCAUAAUUUUGAAAUUCUAGAUGCAACACUGACAUUGAAACCUUUAAUGAGAUUUAUCUUUUACUAAGUUUAAUAAUGUUAUAAAUGAAUGAUAAAAUUUACCAGAAGUUAUGCUUAGAACAUUUAGAUAUAGGUUUUAUCAUUACCACAAGUGUUGCAUUAUGGUUAAGUUAAGAAUAUAAAAUUU